UAUACUUUAUAGAAUAAUAAUGGCAGUGAUAUGUUAUAGAAGUGUUUUUUGUACUGUGAUAUUAUUUUGUAUUUAUGUAAAUAUUUUAGAUCAAUGUUAUGGAUACAGUCCACGGGAAUGUGGUGUUCCACUUCGAAGGCAUACCAGGCAGCCUAGAGAGAGAUCAGCAGGACAACUUCGGAUCAUCAAAGGAAGAGAGUCUAAAAGAGGGGCAUGGCCUUGGCAGGUAUCCUUACAACUUUUACACCCUAACUACGGCCUCAUCAGUCACUGGUGCGGCGGAGUGCUUAUUCAUCCAAUGUGGCUUCUCACUACUGCACACUGUAUCCACAAUGAGCUGUUUAAUCUACCGGUUCCUGCUUUAUGGACAGCAGUUUUAGGGGAAUGGGACCGAGCCGAGCAGCGAGGGGCUUACGUCCCUGUGGAAAGGAUAGUUCUUCAUCAUCGCUUUCACAAUUACCAACAUGAUAUAGCUCUAAUGAAACUCACUAAAGCGGCUGACGUAAGCCCCGGAAGUCGGAUCCGGACUAUUUGUCUGCCACCAUACCAACCUAUAGUUACCAAUUACAACACAGAACGUAGCACACAUUACACAAAACCGGACACAAGACGAAAAUCCAAACCAAAGCCCAGCCCCGACUCGGCCAUUAAAUACUUAGAAAGGCUUAAUAAUUUAACGAAAAACAUUUUCGGAUCAUUCAAGAAACAAAAAAACACAAAGUACAAUCUCAGAGUUUCCAAUGAGCAAUCAGAGAGAAAAGUCGAUACUAACAACAGAGACAUCGUAUAUGACAGUGCCAAUUUGGAUAGCGUUAUUAAAUUAAUUAAAUCCAGAAUUGACGACAGAUCAUCAAACUAUAGAACCGGCAAGGCUCUAGAAGACGUAAAUACUGAUUUUGACAGUGUAACAGAACUUUUGAAUCCAGAAAGGAGUAUUAAUAGAAGUGAUAAGAAGUUGAUGUUUGGUGAAGAAAUAGAUCCAUUUAUUGAUGAUAACAAUGGGCUUGACUUCAAAGAUGAAUGUUAUACUACUGGUUGGGGAAGAGAACAGACAAACGGGACGUUAACGGAUGUUUUGUUGGAGGCGGAAGUUCCGAUUCUGCCACUUCAACAAUGUAGGGACAAAUAUUCGUUGAGUAUGCCGUUAAAUGAUGGCCAUCUCUGCGCUGGAAGUACUGAUGGAAGCACUGGUGCUUGUGUGGGUGACAGUGGAGGGCCCCUUCAGUGCCGUAAUGGUGGCAGUGGGGCUCGCUGGGAACUCCGGGGUCUCACAUCUUUCGGCUCAGGUUGCGCACACCGCGGCGUCCCCGACGUAUAUACAAACGUUGAACACUAUGUGUCCUGGAUUUAUGGCCAUAUAUAUGCCACAUAAUUUCUUAUUAACUGUAAUUUAAAAAUGACUUUGACACGCUAUAAUUAUUAUAUGCAUUUUCAAUACUGCCAGAGCUGGUAUGGCUGUAUUGACAAGGGUGUAAAUGUGGGAUAUUUGUGUGUGUAUCUUAUCUGUGUGCCAGUGUAUUUAUUUAGAUCACU